AUGAAGUCGUUAGCGGGAGAAAGGUUCAAAAUUAGUCCUGCUGACUGGAGAGGCACUGAACAUCGAGGGUUUGGCUGGGGUGUCCAUGAUGACGUCAGUUUUCAACUUGUAGGCGACUUGUUACUGAUCCAGCUGAAGAAGCAAAGAAAAAGAAUGGAGCGUGGGGAGCCAAAGAAGCCCAUGUUUAUCACUCACUACACAAUUUCAAAUCACGAACCGUACCCAUCAUGGCCCUACUGGUUCGAAAAGUCUGCAAAGCCUGACUUUUCAGCCAUGUACGAAGGCGAGGAACACGCAGACAGGAUCGAAAGGUACAUGAAAGUGAGGUAUUUUACCGAUAUGGAGCUUAACAACUUCAUGGACCGUAUGGAGAAAGGAGGGUCCCUCAAUGACACUAUCGUUGUCAUUGUAGGCGACCACGGCCAAGCGCCAGAAAUCGACAAUUGCCACUUACAUGAGGAGUCUGUGACGCGUGUCCCAGCCGCGAUCAUUGCUGAAGGUCGACUGGGAGAUGCAGUGGGCCUCGUUAUCGACGACGCUGCAGACCAGUAUGAUAUUCUUAACACUCUCAUGGACAUUACAGGUUUACCGAAGGGAGGAUUCCAGCAGAAUGGCGUUGGACGCUCGCUCAAGCGUAAACUUCCUGUCGGGAAGCGCGUGGUGUUCAGUAACGACCCAUUGUGCAGGAUGGCGGUUGUGCGCGGUCACGAGCGUCUCAAACUGUUUGCUCGCUGUUAUGUGCAACAAUACUAG